GGGUCCACCAACAUCCUCACCAACCCCCCUCCACCUCCACCCCCACCUACUUCAAAAAACCUCCAGACCCCCAAAUCUUCUCCUCCAUGUGCGUUUUAACGCCCUUUCCCCCCUAGAGGAGCAGGAAGCGGCGAGGCCAAGUGAAACUGAACUGAAGGGGACAUCGAGUUAACAGCGUGGACGCUCUUUUUAGUAGAAGUUUUUGUUUUUUUCUCUUUCGUCCCGGUGUUCCCAGUAAAGCAGGAAGAUUGCCUGGUGUAGCUGCAUCGGUGAGAAGGCUCGAGGAGAGGUGAAACUGCGGGAAAUGAUGACGGAGAAAGAGACGGCGGCGGAGAAGAUCAUAACAGAUGCGAUGGCUAAUCCUUCUCCAGCAAAGAGCAUGGGUGACCCUGGAAUCACCCCACUGUCUCCUUCACAUACUCAGAACGACACAGACCAGGUGCCGUCGGGGCCGUCCUUCGUGGUGGUGGUUGCCAUUGACUUUGGCACCACGUCCAGCGGUUAUGCUUACGCCUUCACUAAGGAGCCAGAAUGCAUUCACACCAUGAGGCGUUGGGAAGGUGGGGACCCUGGUGUGUCCAAUCAGAAGACUCCAACCACGAUCCUGCUGACUCCAGACAGGAAGUUCCACAGUUUUGGCUACGCGGCACGUGACUUCUACCAUGACCUAGACCCCAGCGAGUCCAAACAAUGGCUCUAUUUGGAAAAGUUCAAAAUGAAGCUCCACACAACUGCAAAUCUGUCCACCGACACAGACCUGCACGCAGCCAAUGGGAAGCGAGUGAAAGCUCUGGAUAUCUUUGCAUACGCAUUGGCCUUCUUCAAAGAGCAAGCACUAAAGGAGCUGAGCGAUCAGACGGGCGGUGACUUUGACAACAACGACGUGAGAUGGGUGAUCACCGUUCCCGCCAUUUGGAAAAUGCCCGCGAAGCAGUUCAUGAGGGAAGCUGCUUAUAAGUCUGGUCUGGUGUCCCGUGAAAACCCAGAGCAGCUGAUCAUCGCCUUAGAACCCGAGGCAGCAUCGAUCUAUUGCCGCAAGCUCCGCCUCCACCAGAUGGUGGACCUGGGCACCCACACCACCCAGAAUGGCUGCAGCCCCACCGAAAACGUGGGGAGCGGAAUGACCCAAGUUUCUCCAGGUCAUGCCAAGGAGAAUGUCCGGCGCAACCGGCAGAGCCGCACCUUUUUGGUGGAAAAUGUCAUAGGGGAGCUUUGGUCGGAGCUGGAAGAAGGUGACCGUUAUGUGGUGGUGGACUGUGGCGGAGGGACAGUGGACCUGACCGUCCAUCAGAUCCGUCUUCCAGAGGGACAUCUAAAGGAGCUGUACAAGGCCUCAGGCGGUCCCUACGGCUCUAUCGGGAUCGACUAUGAAUUUGAGAAGCUGCUGUGUAGGAUCUUUGGCCAGGAUUUCAUCGACCAGUUUAAGAUCAAGAGGCCGGCCGCCUGGGUGGACCUGAUGAUUGCGUUUGAGUCUCGGAAGAGGGCUGCAGCCCCCGACAGAACCAACCCCCUCAAUAUUAACCUGCCCUUCUCCUUCAUUGACUACUACAAGAAGUUCAGGGGCCACAGCGUGGAGCACGCCCUGCGCAAAAGCAAUGUGGAUUUUGUGAAAUGGUCGUCUCAGGGGAUGCUGAGGAUGAGUCCGGACGCCAUGAAUUCCCUCUUCAAGCCCACCAUAGACCACAUCAUCCAGCAUCUCACUGAGCUGUUUGAGAAGCCGGAGGUGAGCGACAUCAAGUUCCUGUUCCUAGUGGGAGGUUUCGCCGAGUCUCCCCUGCUGCAGCACGCCGUCCAGAACAUGCUCCAGGGCCGCAGCCGCAUCAUCAUCCCCCACGACGUCGGCCUCACCAUCCUGAAAGGCGCCGUGCUGUUCGGCCUGGACCCCAGCAUCAUCAAAGUCCGCCGCUCGCCCCUCACUUACGGAGUGGGCGUCCUCAAUCGCUUCGUGGAGGGCAAGCACCCGCAGGAGAAGCUGCUGGUGAAGGAGGGCACGCGCUGGUGCACCGACGUCUUCGACACCUUCAUCGCCGCCGACCAAUCCGUGGCGCUGGGCGAGCUGGUGAAGCGGAGCUACACGCCGGCCAAGCCCUCCCAGCAGGUCAUCGUCAUCCACGUCUACUGCUCCGAGAAGGAGAAGGCCGGGUUCAUCAGCGAGCCCGGCGUCAGGAAGUGUGGGACACUUCGCUUGGACGUGAGCGGAACGGAAAGCACGGCGCCGCGUCGCGAGAUCCAGACGCUCAUGCAGUUCGGCGACACGGAGAUUCGGGCCAUGGCCGUGGAUGUGUCCACCGGACGCACCGUUAAAGCUAGCAUUGACUUCCUCAGCCAUUAAAGAAGGGAACGAGAGAGCUAAUGUUCUAAAAAUUGUUGGAAGCAAUGGAAAACACACACGCACACACACACACACGCACACACACACACACACACAAGAAGCUGGCGAUAUUUACUGGAAAGUAGUUAAUGAUAAUGAAUCAGUUUAAAGUGUGGGUCGUAGACGGUUUGAAUGAAAUGUUCACCAAACUUCACCUUUAACUGGGGCUGACGUUCAACUGUAGAAUCCAUGUUACAACAAGGAAAAAGAAAAAGACAGUCUGGAUGAGUUGAGCGUGUUUUAGGACCCUGUAGUGUAUUUACUGAGGAGCUCCAUUGUGUUCACACCCUCAUCACAAUCCCAUCUACCCCACGCUGAGGCUGCAGCUACAGGCUGAAGAGCUCCCGACAGGAAAAGAUAAAAGGCUCAUUCACUUCUCAGCCAUAUUAUAUUAUAGGACAGCUUUUCAAAUCUUCUCUCCAGAGGAAGGGCUCUCUCAAAGCCAGAAAAAUAUAUAUACAUAUAUACAUACAGUAUAACAUACAAAACACUAACAUGAAUGG